CGUCUUGGUAUAAUAGUAUCUCGUCGCUUGGCUCGUCGAGACGUCCACUUCUUUGGGAAUACGUUAUUGUAUUCCAAGUGAUUAAUAUAUAACUUUUUUUGCACCCUUUGGCCGUCAUUUGGGAUUUUCUGUAUCGCCGAAGAAAAUCAAUCAUGUGGCAAAAAUCGGGCGCCCGGUCGGUGCUGCUGCUGUUGGCCUUGGGUUGGACCGUUCCCCAACGAGGAAGUGCCCAAACGUCCCCCUCCCCGCUCAACCCAAAUCUCGUCGACAAGGUUUUCCAAUCGCCAAACGGGAUCGGCAACGGCGUCGUUCUCGAAAACACCCCCGGCCGCCUCGGCGAAGGCGACUGCGAGUGCGUGCCCUACUACCAGUGCCAAAACCACACGAUCAUCGACGACGGCGUCGGCCUCAUUGACAUCAGGUUGUCGGGCCCGUGCGAGGAUUACCUGGACGUAUGUUGCCAGGGGCCGGACAUAAAGCCACCCGAGGAAAAGAUCACGCCGAGGCCGCAGGUGCGUCGAGGGUGCGGUAGGAGGAAUUUGAAUGGGGUUGGUUUCAAGAUAACCGGAGCCAAGGACGGCGAGGCCCAGUUCGGCGAGUUCCCGUGGAUGGUGGCCAUACUCCAGGAGGAGCCGAUCGGCAACCAAGGCGAGCUCGUCAACGUUUACCAGUGCGGGGGUGCUCUCAUCCACCCGAGCGUCGUUCUUACCGCGGCGCAUUGCGUUCACGGCAAGCAAGCCUCGAGCCUGAAGGUCCGUGCCGGUGAGUGGGACACGCAGACGAAAAACGAGGUCUUUCCCCACCAGGAUCGCCAAGUGGCCGAGUACGUGACCAACGAUUUGUACCACUCCGGCUCGUUGCGCAACGACUUUGCUCUCCUACGGCUCGCCCAGCCCGUCAACGCGGCCGAAAACAUCGACACGGUCUGUUUGCCCGAGUUGGGGGCGAACUUUGAUUACCAGCGUUGCUUCGCCAGCGGCUGGGGCAAAGACGUGUUCGGCAAGGAGGGGCGCUACCAGGUCAUCCUCAAGAGGGUGGAGCUGCCCAUCGUGCCCCAUACCGCGUGUCAGAACUCGCUGAGGGGCACGAGACUCGGCAGAUACUUCAAGCUCCACGAGAGCUUCAUCUGCGCCGGUGGCGAGAGCGGCAGGGACACGUGCAGGGGUGACGGGGGCAGUCCAUUGGUGUGUCCGAUAGUUAACGACCCGGACAACAGAUAUUACCAGACGGGUAUCGUGGCUUGGGGCAUCGGUUGCGGGGAGAACCUCGUACCCGGCGUGUACGCCAACGUAGCCUACGCCCGAGCCUGGAUAGACCAGAUAAUGGCUGGAAGGUGGAACUACGGCACCGACGAUUACCAAUACAGAUAGUAGGGGGGGGGGGGAGUUUUCAGAGCCAGGGUGGAUCCAGGGCCAAUUUUAUCGAUCCAGGGCCAAUACUCGGUGUGCAAUGAUGAUUAAUGAUCACACGAUGUUUUAAUAGUUUUAUCACCAAAAGUGGUAAAAUUCUUUAUUUUUUUUUUAUUAUUCUUUUUUUUUUUUUUUUUUACAAAGUUGUAGAUGGUUUUUUUUCUUUUGCGUAUUAUACUUAACGGAUUCUCAGAACAAACAUCAUUGGUAUAAUUAUGUACAAGCGAGUAUAUUAUGUGCUGUCGUUACGUUGAAAGGAUUAUUUCAAUGUAAUGUUGGACAUUCAUUUGAGUGUGAAUAAAAAUUGUAUUAUACGUUUAA